AUGGAAGCAAACACCAACCUUCAUCCUUUUACAACUGAAGCGUUCGUUCAUUCCUCUCUCUCUCUCUCUCUCUCUCUCUCUCUCUCUCUCUCUCUCUCUCUCUCACACACACACGCGCACAUUGUCUCUACCAACAUAUCUUUUCAAUGUUACAUGCAUGAGUGCAUUAUUGUCACCUCUUUCUUUCUUUCUUUCUUUCUUUCUGUCUAUCUUUCUUUCUUUCUUCUUUUCUUCAUUUCUUACCUAUUAACAACCUUCAUCCUUUUACAACUGAAGCGUUCAUUCCACUCUCUCUCUCUCUCUCUCUCUCUCUCUCUCUCUCUCUCUCACGCACACACACACACGCGCACAUUGUCUCUACCAACAUAUCUUUUCACUUCCCUUCCUGUUCCCUCCAUCCUCUUUCCUUUUUCUGUCACUAUUUCUUACUUUCUUUUUACUUUGAUCAUUCUUUCUUUCCUUUUCAUUAUUGUUUCUUUUUCCCUUACUCAUUUACUUCUUUCUUUCAUUUUCUUACACCUCUCUUUCUUUUCCAUUACACUUUCUUACUUUUUUUUUCCUUCUUUUUUUUUUUUCCUUCAUUUUUCUUUCUCCCGUUCCAUUUUCUUUCUUCAAUUAUUCUUUUUGCAUUAUUGUCACCUCUUUCUUUCUUCCUUUCUUUCUUUCUUCCUUUCUUUCUUUCUUUCUUUCUUUCUUUCUUUCUUUCUUUCUUUCUGUCUAUCUUUCUUUCUUUCUUCUUUUCUUCAUUUCUUACCUAUUAACGUUCAUUCCACUCUCUCUCUCUCCCUCCCUCCCUCCCCCCUGUCUCUCUCCUUCACACACACACGCACUGUCUAUACCCACAUAUCUUUUCAGUUUUGUCUCUCUCUCAUUCUUUCUCACCCACACUCUCUUCUACCUAUCUUUUAA